UUUUCUCUCUCAAAAUAAAUUAAAGCAGAAUCGCUCCCAACUUUCUCCUUAAUUUAACCUAAAAAUUAAUAAAAUUAGUGAUCAUGGGACACCAUUCUUGCUGCAACCAGCAGAAGGUCAAGCGGGGGCUGUGGUCGCCCGAGGAAGACGAGAAGCUCGUCCAGUACAUCACCACUCAUGGCUAUGGCUGUUGGAGCGAAGUGCCUCAGAAAGCAGGGCUUCAAAGAUGCGGCAAGAGCUGUCGUCUGAGAUGGAUAAAUUAUCUGAGGCCGGAUAUUCGAAGGGGGAGGUUCACACCGGAAGAGGAGAAGAUGAUCAUCAAUCUUCAUGGGGCAGUAGGAAACAGAUGGGCACACAUAGCGAGCCAUUUACCGGGAAGAACUGAUAACGAGAUAAAAAACUACUGGAAUUCGUGGAUCAAGAAGAAGAUAAGAAAGUCAUCAUCAAACAACACCAAAACAAACCCUAAUCAAGAUUCUCGCUUCACCUCUCCUCAAAUCCACUUCCCCUACCUAAAUCUAUCCACCAAGUCGCCUCCUCAGGACACAUUACUCCCUCUCAAAACCACAACCUUCAUGUUCGACAUCGGACCCACCACGAGCGCAGAAGCCCUUGGCCUCACUAGCAAUACCAGAAUAGAUCACAUUCUCCAUGAAAAUGCAUUACUGAACCAAGAAACAUGGCACCAUCAUGACAAACAAGAAAUGGUCCAAUUCACACCAAUAAUGGAGAAUCUAGAGAAUCUUAUGCUGCCUAUGGAUGUGCAGAAUAGUGCAAUCUCAGAGGCUGAGUGUUUGCAACAGAGAAAUGAGAUGAAUGAAUGGAUUGAAGCACAGAAUUCAUUUUCUGGUUACUUUUUAUGGGACCAAGCACAAGGGAAUAUUGGUGGGGAGGAAGAAUCAUCUACAUUGCUGGCUUCUUUUCCAUCAUUUCUUUGACUUGUGUGAAUAAUUAAUUAAUUAAUUACUACGUAACUACUGAAGAUUAUUGUUAUAAUUAAUUAAUUAAUUAACCUAUGUUAUGUGUAUGUGUGUGGUUGUGAUAUUUAUGAUUUCGGGAGAGGAUUUGAGUUUCAUAUAUAGUAUUAAUUCGGCGAAUGUUUGUUUUGGUGAAUAAUGUAAAGGAGAAACAAAAUUGUUGUUAAAUGGAGUAUACAAUUGAUGCCCUUUUGUUUA